ACCGGUUUAUGAGCUUUGUGUGUGUGGUUUGGCGAACUGAAGAGUCCAACACCCGGUUGGACAACUGUUUAACCUGCUACUGGAUGGAGAACUACAGGGAUGAAGACUCUUUUACAGUCAAUGUCAACAAUGCCAAACAUCCUCUUAAAUCUCGAAGAGUUUUAUCAGCAACAGUCCAGCACUCUUUUCUGUUGUUGGUGUGUUUGGGGAUGUUAAGUGUCGUGCUGUCUGCAAAAGUUGCUUACAUGGCUAUAAUGACGACCAAGCAGCAUGAAAAUAUCAACACCCUUACAACAGAAAAACGUCAACUGGUUGAGGAACAAAAGGACUUGAAUAACCAGAUCAAGAUCCUGGCAGAAGAGAAACAGUUGAUCUGGGCCAGAGAAGGAAUUGACAAAGAUAACGAGGAACUGAACAAAGAUUUAAAGGAGCUGCAAAAAGAGUUAAAGAAAAUGGAACGAGAGGAAGAGAGACUGAAAAAAGACAUAGAUGUGAUGAGAAAAGACAAAGAGGAGCUGAGACGAGAGAGAGAUGAACUGAACCGAGAGAAAGAGGAGCGGAGGCGAGACAGAGAGAAGCUGAACCGAGAGAAAGAUGAGCUGAGGCGAGACACAGAUGAACUGAACCGAGAGAAUCUAAAUUAUCAAAAGAUAAUGAAUAAUACCAAAGACAGAGAGCAACUGACACUGAAGAAAGAGGAUGUGAGGCAGAAUACAGAGAAGCUGAACAAAGAGAAACAGGAGCUGAUCAAAGAGAAACAGAAAUUUAAUGAAGAAAUGGAGAAGUUGGAGAAGGACAAAGAGGAGCUGAGAAAAGAGGAAUUGGAGUUGAAAAAACAGCAAGAGGAGCUGAGAAAAAAAAUAGAGGCCUUGGAAAGAGAGCGAGAGGAGAUGGAUAAAUCAAAGGAGGAGCUGAGAAAAGAGGAAAAGGAACUGAAAAAACUAAAAGAUGAGUUGAACAAAGACAAAGACAAGCUUAUCAAUGAAGAAGGUCAACUAAGAAAAGGCAAACAGGAGCUGAGCGAAGAGACAAAUGAGCUGAACAAAGCGACAGAUGAGCUGAGAACACAGACAGCAGAGCUGGACAAGCAGGUAGAUCUGAUGAACAAAGAGGAAGAGGAGCUGAGAGAAGCAAGAGAAAAGUUGAAAACAAUGGCAGAGAAGCUGAGGAGAAUGGAAGCUGAGCUGAGGAAAGAGGAAGAGGAGCUGAACAAAAGGGAAGCUGAGCUGAGGAAAGAGAAAGAGGAGGUGAGGGAAAGGGAAAAGGAGCUCAGAAAAACGAAAGAUGAGCUGACUAAAGAGAAAGAAGAGCUCAACAAAAAAAAGGAGGAGCUGCCCAAAGAGAACGAAGAGCUGUACAAAGAGAAAGCGGCCCUGAUGGAAGCGGAACGGGAGCUGGAGAGGAAAAGAGAGGAGAUGAAGGAAAAAAGAGCGAAGCUGGACAGAGACAAAAUAGAGUGGGAUAAAGAGAAACAGAAACAUCUGGUCGUAGCGAAACAUGAGGCAUAUAUGCGAUGCUGGGAGAUUGAUAACCUAAAACGUAUCUACACUUUCAUCCUGAGCCAUAAAAGUUUUCCAGUUGAAGAAUUCUGUCCUCUAGAUAUGAGACCAAAAUGUCUGGAUUGCAGGAUGGGAUGGCUUUCCUUCAGAGAGCACUGCUACUGGUUUAAGCACAUAGGUGUUUUUGGGUUGAACUGGGAAGCUAGUCGACGGUACUGCCAGGAUAAUGCUGCAGACUUGGUGAUAAUUAAUGAUCGGGAAGAGCAGAUGUUUGUCACCCUUCGAGGCGAAUUUUACCAUCAUUGGCAUGGAUACUGGUUAGGGUUACAUCAUAGUGAAGGCAGAUGGCUCUGGGUUAAUGGACAACCGCUCACCAUCAGAUCGCUCUCUGGAGUCGUGAGCGGCUCGCCGGCUUAACGGGUUUCCCAGGCGGAGGGGGGCGCAGAGGAAGAGGAGAGGAUGCAGGUUGACUCUGACCAACAAGUGGGGACCAUCGAGCGACGACUGACAGCUCCACCGCUUCUUAAGAGGUCAUCAGCCGAUUGGUGGAAUCCGCUUCAGGUGCGCCAGCCCGUCAGAACUCUCCCACAAAGAUCAUCUAUGGGAAGAGUUCUCACACCAAACUGAAUCCUAACAAAACUGUGCGUAGUAUCAAUAAAGUUAUCUGUCCCUUUAACCUUGUUUGGAUUCAGUGUAUCCAAGUUUCCACAGAAGACAAUUCUCUUUUGGUAAAUCUUAGCAAACAAUGUUUCCAUGUAGUUUGUGAAGACUUCAGUGUCAGAUGCUGCUGCUCUGUGCACAUAACUGAUUAUAAUAUUUUUCUGCUUCUCAAACUGGAUUUCAAUAGUAAUGCAUUCCAUUACAUCAUCAAUUGACACUGACAUGUCUAAUACCACCUUGUAUUUUAAUUAAUUAUCUAUGUACAAAGCUACACCUCCCAUUUUUUAUUAUUUAUGUUAAUAUAAUUGAACUCAUAUCCUUCAUUGGAAAAUCUGUUGCCUUCUCAGAGGUGAGCCAGGAUUCAGAUAUUGCUAUAACACUGAAGGACUUUUU